AUGGCCAUGCUAGCAGCCAUACCGACUCCUCACAUGGGUUUCCAGAAGGAAUACCCUUGGGAUCCAGCCAGAUCCCCCUCGUAUCCUCCUCAGCGACAGCCCGCCAUCGUGGCCUCUCAUCACCACCACCACCACCACCACCACCACCAUGCCUACGCCGCCGCCGCCGCCUCCUCAUCCUCAUCCUCAUCCUCCUCCUCCACCGCCGCCGCCGCCGCCGCCGCUUCCUCCUCAACCUCCACCUCCACCUCUGCUGCCGGAAUCCGAGUCGCCCCCCCUACGCCCAUGGAGGUCAAGGUCACGGACGUGGCCCAGAUCACUCACCAGCACGCCUACGAUCGCACCCCCUUCUCCGGCAGCUACGCCGUCGCCGCCACAGCAGCGGCGCCGCCACCGGGCUACGCAGCCGUCGGCGGCUACGGCGGCUACGCGACCGCAGACCUGGGAGGAUACCCGGGCACGGCCAGGGAAGGCAAGCAGCGGAAGAGGAGGGGAAAUCUACCCAAGGAGACGACGGACAAGCUCAGGGCCUGGUUCAUGACUCACCUCUCUCACCCUUAUCCUACAGAAGAUGAGAAGCAGGAGCUCAUGAGGGUGACGAAGCUUCAGAUGAACCAAAUCUCCAACUGGUUCAUCAACGCUCGUAGACGCCAACUACCCACAAUGAUCUCGAACGCUCGCAUCGAGGACGGUCCGGCCCUGAGCGAUGGCGAGGGCGUCUCAUCCUACGAGGACGAGGAGAUGGAGAGUCUGAGGCGUCGAAGGGGUCCUGCCAUGGAUAGGGGGAGCGUCUAG